AUUGAGUACAGAGAAAUGAUUUUCUGAGAGAUUAACUAGAUUUUCAAAUGAGAAUGAGAACUUUAAAUGACAUAUGCUUAAAAAUUAAAUUUAAAUUUCACAAUAAGUGUCUAUCUACGCUGUGUUUAAAAGAAAUUUCUGAUGCUGAUAAUAAUAUUAAACAAUUACCAUGCUCAAAUUCAUGUGAAGCUGAAAAUAUUACAUCAAAAGUAAAAUUAGAAGAAAAUAUCUUAUUGCCAAAUAUAAGAUACAUCGAAAUAAAUUCUAAAUCUGUGGCUGAUGAUAUCUCAAAUAUAUUGGUACCUCAUAUAUGUAAAAAAUCCAGAUUUUAUGAAAUUAAUUCUGGCAAAGGAUUGAUAACAGGAUUUCUUAAUAAAAAAAUUAAAUUAGAUAUUAAUAUUUUGGAAGGUAGAAAAUCAUAUUAUCAAAGGCAUCAAAAAAAAACAAAUCAUUUUCAAUAUAAAAAUUAUAUCAAAAGUUUUAACCUUUUGAAUUUUUUUGAUUUGAAUGAGAUGCCUGCCUUCAAAGCACAUAAACAAGAAUAUUGGACUACUAAUGAUCAAAUAAUACCUCUUUAUACAGAUAAUACACUUACAAAACCUUAUAAUUUAUUUACUAAACAUGGCAAAAAUACAAAUGAAUGGAAAAAUUUUAUAUCACAAUGGAAACAAAAUCCAAAAAUCCAAAUGUUCUCGAUUAUGCCUUUUAAAUACGAAGCGGGCUUUUUGCACAACGCCAUACUACAACUUCAAUACCCAAAUAACGAUAGCUUGUACUCUCAUGGGCGUAUCCAAUUUUUAUUUUACAUUUCUGGACGAGAAGCCACAUAUAUGAGAACUGCUAUGUAUGAUAAACCGCCUUACAGGAGCUUUUGGUACAACUAUGCAUCCGUUAGCUACAAAAUGUUUUACGACAUCGAAUUCUUAGACAAAAGACCCUUGGGUGAUUUUUACCCUGAUCUCUCACCUCUUCUUUUAACGAAAAAAAGGCCUAAAUUCGAUUAUUCUCACAUGUACCUUGUCAAAAUGACCCCUAAAAAGUCUUUGUACGACGAUUGGGAUCACGAAAGUUUAACCUUUUUUAUGUCUUUUCUAAGGCAAUUGCUAAGAAAACCCGCUGGAAAUGAUAUAAAAUCUUUCUUCGUCAAAUGGAUGGGCGCUAACCAAUACAAAAGAUUUUUGGAGAAAAACGUCAACACGCCCUCCACGAUAAAACUUUUUCAACGGGAAAAACCUAAUGAGCUGACACCCGAAGAAUUGGUAGAAUUGUUUAACCUAUUUCAAACGUGUUCAGAAUAUGCCAACUGUUUUGCCCCUAUGGUAUCUUUAGUCACUUCCAAAGGUUAUAAUCGAAUGGAGUACAACAAAACCAAUCUAACAGAUAAAACUAUUAAUACAACGAUAAUAGAUGGAAUACCAAAAGAUUUUUACAAAUUUAAAACUCAUAAUAUAAACACCCAUCAAAAUAAUUCCGGUUUACAUUCACAAUCUUAUGAUGAUCACAAGAUCAAAGUCGUCUUACAAGACCGCUUGAGUAAUAAAGAUAUUGAAAUUGACGGGAAAGACUUGCUUGGAAAAAUAGAUAAUGAUAACGCAAAAAUUAUUAACUUGAUGUGAUAAAAAAUUUUAUAUAUAAAAUGUUUUCAUUUUAUUUUAAACUUAUGACAAUAUUUGCGAUCGCUUAUAAAUAUUAAAUUAUGUUAGUCAUCACAUAUAUGUAUAUAUAUAUAUU